AUGAGCCCCGGGGGCGCAGGCUGCUCCGCGGGGCUGCUGCUGACGGUCGGCUGGCUGCUCCUGGCGGGCCUCCAGUCCGCGUGGGGGACAAACGUCACUGCCAUCCAGGAUCCCGGCUUGGGCGGCGCCGAAGGCGAAGCUGAAGGCGAAGGCGCAGCCGAAGGCGAAGGCGCAGCCGAAGGCGAGAACGAGAAUGAGAACGAGGGCGAGGAAGAGCCGGAGAACUACAUGGGCGAUGCUGACACCGCGCCCCGGGAGGAGGCCCAGGAGGAUGUUUCAAAUUCGACAGCAGUCAAAGAAGUAGAAUUUGGGAUGUGCACCGUUACAUGUGGUGUUGGUAUUAGAGAAGUUAUAUUAACGAAUGGAUGCCCUGGAGGUGAAUCUAAGUGUAUUGUACGGGUGGAAGAAUGCCAUGGACCUGUGGACUGUGGCUGGGGUAAACCAAUAUCAGAAAGUCUUGAAAGUGCUAGACUGGCAUGUGUUCAUACAUCUCCUGUAAAUCGUUUCAAAUAUGUUUGGAAACUUCUAAGGCCAGACCAACAACCCAUUGUACUUGCAAAUGAUUCAGCAAUCCUGGAUGUACACAGGGAAAUCCACCCCUUGGCUUUCGAGUGUGAUACCUUUGAUAAUAAUGAAAUAGUAGCAUCUAUUAAAUUCACAAUCUAUACAACAAAUGAAUUGCAGAUGAAAAGAUCAAGGCAACCAGACACUGAUGCAGUCCUAGUUUUUGUGCUGACCAUAGGAGUAGUUCUCUGCAUAUUUGUGAUCUUUGUACUGAUCUUCAUAAUUAUAAACUGGGCGGCAGUCAAGGCUAUCUGGGGGCCAAAAGCCUCAGCUGCUGAGAUGCCUUCUGAGCUUAGUUCAAUGAGAUACAAAGAGUCAACUUCUUUUGACCAAUCACCAACAGAAAUACCUGGACAGGAAGAUGAUGCCUUAAGUGAAUGGAAUGAAUGA